AUGGGCGGGAACCAGCGGGAGGACCGCGCGGGAGAGCACGCUGCGGCUCCGCUGGAGGCUAAGGCUCUGGCUGCCGGUGCGCCCCGAUCUUCCAGAGGAGCGCACUGGAGACCCGGCGAGACUGGGGAGCCCUCCGCCUCGGUCUCUGCUGUCUUCCCGGGUGGCACGAAAAGCCUGAGAAUCCCUUCUACCCGGGACCAGCGGAAUUCCCACUUUUGUCUCGAAUGGGGGAGCGGGGCAAAAGGGAGCUGGACGCUUUUAGGGUCCGGGGUCAAUCUCCGGACCUCGACGCCAACCGCCGUCGUGUCCUUUCCACUGCGUUUCGGUCUCUGUUGUGUCUGCAUUCCUCUCCGAGUCUCUUUUGGUCUCGAACACCAUUGCUUUCUCCACCCCCUACCUCCACCCGUGUACUUGCCCCCUAACUCCCACUGGCGGGCCACCGGGAGGCUGCGGAGGUACCGGCGGCAUCUGCGGCGGCGGCAACCGGGAGGCUGCGUGGAAGAGGCGGCAGCAGCAGCGGCAGCCAGGAGGCGGGCCGCCUCCCUGGGGACCCUCUGGGAUGGGUGGGUGCUCCACCAUCCUCCCGACGGCCUCUUUCCUCCUUGUGGAAGGCAGAGCCACAUCCAGCACCACGGACAGCUCCCGGGCGCCAAGGCCAUCUUAGGCCUUCUCAGCUGA